AUGCCACAGGUUCCUGGUUAUCCGCCUCCGGUUUAUCCUCCUCCGAAUUAUCAACAAGCAUCCAACGCUCAGGCGAGUCAACAACCAAGGAACCAGGCACCUCGCCAGAAUGCUCCAAGGAGACUAUACAAGAGUUGUCCACCGAUUCCGAUGACGUUCACCGAGUUGUAUCCUUACUUAGUCCAACGCGGUUUGGUCACUACUCGAGCUUUGGGACCACCUCCGAAUCCUUUGCCAGCCAAUUACAACGCCGCCGCUCAUUGUUUAUUUCAUGAGGGUACGCCAGGUCAUGAUUUGGAGAACAGUUAUGCUUUGAAAAACCUUGUGAGGGAUCUGAUGGAAAGGAAAAUCUUAUCUUUCAACGAUCCAUCGCCCAAUGUUAAGACAAACCCUUUGCCUACGCAUGGGGCUGCUGUUAAUGCCGUUAAUGACUUGUCCGAUGAGAAUCUUAUCCUUGAUGUAUCCCAGAUCAAGACACCUCUUAAGAUGUUCCACUCGAAGUUGUUUGAAGCCGGUCUGGUAUCUGUGUCUCACAUCCGUUGUGCAAGGUGUAAGGAUUGUGAUAAAGGUUGUGUUAUGGUUCAGAAAGAUGUUCAGAAAUUGAUUGACGACGGCUUCGUGCGAGUAGGUAACAAGGUGAAGAAGGCAGAAGUUGCUGCAGUUGAACCUAUCUUCGAUUUGCCCGAACCAAGAGGCAGGGUGCCGGUGUUUAACAUGACAGGGACAAUUUCUGCCAUACCGGUAUUCAGUAUACCACAACCUGUUACUCCUAGGCCAUUGAUCAUCCAAAAGCCGAGUCCGUUUCCAUUCAGUGAUCCCAAAGUUGUACCUUGGAAGUAUGACGUAACUGCGAUUGACAAAGGAUCUGGAAAUGUCAUCCCAAGAGAAAAGAUGAAGGUCGAAGCUAAAGAGGUAACCAACAUAGCUGGGGCAAGCAGGAUGACCCGCAGUGGUCGUGUCUAUACACCCCGGUUUGAUGAAGUUCCAUCUAAAGAGCCAACCACCAAUACGGUCGUGCCUGCUAAAGAUAAAAGUAAGGAAGUUGUUACUAAUGAUGAGGAUGCUGAGUUCUUAAGGAUAAUCAGGAAAAGUGAUUAUAAGGUUGUUGACCAGCUGCACCAGACUCCUUCGAAGAUCUCCGUUCUGUCUCUGUUAUUGAAUUCACCCGCGCAUAGAGCUGCUCUGCAGAAAGUCUUAACCCAGGCUCAUGUCGCUCAGGACAUAACGACCGGUCAGUUCGAUCAUGUAAUUGCUAACAUUACCGCCUGUAACACUCUCAGCUUCAGCAACGAGGAGUUACCGAAAGAGGGUCCGAAUCAUAACCGUGCCUUGCACAUAUCAGUGAAGUGUGAGGAGGAUAGUUUGGCAAGAGUGCUCGUGGAUACUGGUUCUUCUUUGAAUGUCUUACCUAAGAGAGUUCUCUCUAAGUUGGCUUACAAAGAAACUGUGGUGAAGCCUACCUCCUUAGUUGUUAAAGCUUUUGAUGGUUCGCGUAGAUCAGUAAUGGGAGAAGUUGAGCUUCCAAUUCUAGUUGGUCCUCAUGUGUUCAAUAUUACUUUCCAGGUCAUGGAUAUCAACCCUAACUAUAGUUGUUUGCUUGGAAGACCUUGGAUCCAUGCCGCUGGGGCAGUGACGUCUACCCUGCACUAG